AUGCAAGCUUUGGGGAAUGAGAUCGACACCAUGGAGACUGCAGGGAAAAUAUCAAAUCCUGUGACCUUCGCCGAGACGCAGCAGAUGCCUUAUCUUCAGGCUGUCAUCAAGGAAGCCUUGAGAAUGCACCCCGCAACUGGGCUACCACUUGGUCGAGUCGUUCCACCAGGGGGCAAGCUGAUUGCUGGCUAUGCAUUUCCUGAAGGCACCAUCGUAGGCAUCAAUUCCUGGGUCGCCCACGCGAAUCCGAAAGUGUUUGGAGAAGACGCCACAGUCUUUCGACCUGAACGGUGGCUCGAAAGCAAGGAGAAGUCCGUGAUGCUGGAUAAAUACUUUUUCAGCUUCGGAAUGGGUUCAAGGACCUGCAUUGGCAAGAAUAUCAGUCUGCUGGAGAUGUCGAAAUUGGUGCCGCAGCUCAUUCGAAAUUUUGACAAUUCGCUGGAGGAGCCAGAUCAAGCUUGGAAGACUACAAAUGGAUGCAAUACUCACCCAUUCUCAUCUCCUCAACUCAACCUACGGCUCACCCAUUGUCAUAUCAAGUCCGACAGAACGGCCUACUCAGGAGAUGUGCUUGGAGUGGAAGUAUGCACGCCACUGCUUGCCCCAUACCCAGACUGGAAUGGAAAGCACGAAAAGAGCAACUUCGAUGCCUCCAAUGGUGUUGAAGACGCGUGCGGGACCCCAAGCAGUGACCUAGUCGUUUACGCCAACUAA